ACCACGUGACUGCAACGUAGCAGUUUACAGUAUAGGUUACAGUAAGAGAUGUCACUUUUUGGUGGACGAUUAGCCUAAUUAUACUCCUACUUCAAAUCUCAACUCUGAGGAAUAUUGGCAGAGGAUUUUACCUGUCAGUAUUCUGCAUCGUAUUUAAUCUUUAUAAUUUGUACUAAGGUCGGUCUGUCUGCGUGGUAACUUUUCCUUAUUGCUGACAAUAUGUUUUGGUUCAUGGAGGGAAUAUGCUUUUUACCAACUUUUUUGGUCAUCUGGUCAUCCAGCACGUUUAUUGUUUCCUACCUAGUUGCAUUGUUCGAGCAUGAUGUGGAUGUUAUUUUCCCCUAUAUAAGUGACACUGGGGCUAAUCCUCCAGAGAGUUGUAUCUUUGGCUUGAUGACGGUCAUCACUGCAUUUGCAGGUAUGGCCACCAUGUAUGCCAGAUACAAGUUUGUGGAGAAGCUCAAUGAGAAGGCAGGUGGUGUGCCCCCAGCACUGAACCAGGCUGCUUUCUGGAUUGGAAUGCUUUCUUGUUUGGGGAUGUGUUUUGUUGCUACUUUCCAGGAGACAACGGUUACGUCAGUUCAUGAUGCAGGUGCAUUGCUCUUCUUCUUUUCUGGUGUGCUGUACACUAUCCUCCAGUCCAUCAUAUCCUAUAAGGCCUACCCCUAUGGAUGUUCCUUGGCCUUGUGUCAUACGCGCACCGGAAUUGCAACCAUCGCCUUCCUGGCAGUUUCCCCCACUGUUAUCUGUGCUGUCUUUGUGACACAAACCACACUGCAUAGAAAAACAGAAGACGAGGACUAUGUGUUCCAUCUGGUGAGUGCUGUGAGUGAGUGGAUCGUGGCCUUCAGCUUCAUCUUCUUCUUCUUUACCUAUAUCCACGACUUUAAAAAGUUUACUCUGAAGCUGAGAACAGAGUUUGUGGACUAUUCCUGAUGAAACAUUGAUUUGAACCUUUUAAUCUGAAUAUUUACAAAAUCAAAUGUAUUUUUUCUACUUUUAUAAAGCAAAUGUAUAUGAAAUUA